UGGGGCAGGAUACGAUAAGGAGCGCUGCGACUGCGAGGAUCGGCUUGCGUAUGCGGCAGCCUGAGCCAUGUGCUAUCUAUCUAUUAAAGCAUGCGGUCCAGCGCUGGAGCGACGGAUCCUCAGGUCUUAAGAGUUAACUUUCACUCGGACACUCUAUACUAUACUCUCUACAUCGACCGUACCAGACAGACAAGAUGACCACCGCACGUCGCCCUCCCCCGGCCUACCAGGCCUCUUCCGACUCCGCGAUCUACGCGACCUCAAAGCUAUACCGCUCUAUCUCCGAGACGGCGAGCUCACCCUCGCAGCGCACCCUCGAAUCGUCGUUCACGAUCCGUCCCUGCUCGGGCCAGGCCUGGGUCGUACCAGCGGGACAUAUCUGCCGUCUGACGACGCCGAAGGGACCGCAGGUGGGCGACCUGAAUAUCUGGAACGCCAACAACCCGCGCGAACGACUCUGGGCGGCGCGCACGCGCCAGAUCCACGCGUCUCACGUCUCUGUCGGCGACCGUUUGUGGUCGAACCUGCCGUACCUGCGGCCUCUGGUCUCGAUCACGGGAGACUCGCUGGCAGGCGGCCAGCUGCAUGAGGUUCUGGAUGAGAGUGGCGCCCGGAAGGAGGGGAAGGGGUUCGGAACGACGCAAUUCGGAGGCCGGGUCCACGAUCUGCUGGGUACGCGGUGCGAUCCGUAUGUUAACCUGGUCAUGGGGGGAGAGAGCUUCGACUACCACUGCCACUCGAACCUCACCCGGGCGGUUGUGCCGUAUGGGCUGAACGAGCUGGACGUGCACGACGUGCUCAAUGUUUUUCAGGUGACGGGGCUCACCGAGGAGGGGAAGUAUUUCAUGGAGACGUCGCCCGCGAAGCCGGGGGAGUAUUUCGAGUUCUUUGCUGAGGUCGACGUGCUGUGUGCGCUGUCGGCGUGUCCGGGAGGUGACCUGUCGAACUGGGGCUGGGAGGAGAAGGCGGACAUGGGCGCUACCACCCGUCCUCUCGGGGUGGAAGUGUACCAGCUGGCUGAUUCUAAAGUGCUGGAGGGAUGGACGGCGCCGGAGAGUCCGAAGUACGCGGGCAUGCACGGGAUGAAGAUGCCGCAGAGAGAACAGGACGGGUCGGGCCAUGUUGGGCUAUAGUCGCAUAGCAUGUGUCUAGUAAUCAAUCAAUAUGAAGAAC